AUGUGGUCGGGCAUAACAUAUACGCACCCGUGGGAACCGCGGCGGGGUUACCAUGACUGGUGGCUGCAACGGCACCACCAGUUGUUACAGUAUACAACAGAUCACCAAAAACAGAUCCACUCCGUCUUCAUCGGCGCCUCAAUCGUACAAUACUAUCAAUCGGAGGGCAAAGAGCUGUGGGACAGGUAUUACGCGUUCAAAGGGGCCGCUAAUUAUGGCAUUAAAGGCGACUCCACGUCAAAGGUGUUGUGGCGGAUCCAAAAUCACGAGUUGGACGGACUCCGACCCAAAGUGGUGGUUGUGUCGUGUGGGCCCGGGUAUAAUAGUAUGGACCGAAAGCCAUCCCCGUCGGGACCAGAUGUGCUCGAAGGCCUCAAAGAGAUUGUUUGUGAAUUGAGGGCCAAAUUCACGGCCGCCAAAGUGAUAAUCAUAGGACACACGCCGUAUACAAACCCAUCGAUAAGCGAGAGAUCAAAACAAAUCAAUGUUGAGAUGAAGAAGAAAGCGGACGAUGAGAAUGUAUUCUUCAUUGAUUUGACGCCAUAUAUGACGGACAGUAGUGGACAUCAAAUACCGGCGCUGUUUCUGAGCGAUCACUUGCACCUGUCAUUAGAGGGGUAUAGGUUGUGCUCAGCCGAUGUGCACCCGUGGGAACCACAGCCGGGCUCUGGGGGUUGGUUACAACGGCACCAGCAGUUGUCUCAGUACACACACGAUCACCAGAAACAGAUCCACGCCAUCUUCAUCGGCGCCUCCAUCACCGACUACUACCAGUCCGACGGUCGCGACCUCUGGAACAGCUAUUAUGUGCCCAAAGGGGCGGCUAAUUAUGGUAUAGGAGGCGACUCCACGUCAAACGUCUUGUGGCGGAUCCAGAAUAAAGAGUUGGACGGACUUAAUCCCAAAGUGGUGGUCGUGUCCUGCGGUCCCGGAUACAAUACAAUGAACCGAAACCCAUCGCCGUCGGGACCCGAUGUCCUCAGAGGUCUGGAAGAGAUUGUAAAGGAAUUGAGGGCCAAAUUCCCGGCCGCCAAAGUGAUAAUCAUAGGACACACGCCGUAUAUAAUACAGUCUAUAAGCGAGAGAUCAAAACAAAUCAAUGUUGAGCUCAAGAAGACGGCGGACGACAAGAAUGUAUUCUUCAUUGAUUUGACACCAAAUCUGACGGACAGUAGUGGCCAUCAAAAGCCGGAGCUGUUUAAAGGCGAUCACUUGCACCUGACAUUAGCCGGGUAUAGGAUUGUAUAUAAAUUGUGCUCAGCCGAUGUGCACCCGUGGGAACCGCAGCCGGGCUCUGGGCGUUGGUUACAACGGCACAAGCAGUUGUCUCAGUACACUCGCGAUCACCAAAAACAGAUCCACGGCUUCUUCAUCGGCGCCUCAGGAGUGGCCCGGUUUGAGACGGACGGCCGACAGCUGUGGGACAGCUAUUACGAGCCAAAAGGUGUGGCCAAUUAUGGUAUAGGAGGCGACACCACGUCUAAUGUCUUGUGGCGAAUCCAGAAUCAAGAGUUGGAUGGACUCACACCCAAAGUAAUUGUAAUGACCUCAGGCCCCGAGUUUAAUACUAUGCAUCAUAACGAGUCCGUAUCGGCACCGGAUGUCCUGCGCGGACAACAAGAGAUUGUUAGUGAGUUGAGGGCCAAAUUCAUGGCCGCGAAACACAUAAUCAUAGGACACACGCCGUAUACAAACCCAUCGAUAAGCGAGAGAUCAAAACAAAUCAAUGUUGAAAUGAAGAAGUUGGCCGACAAUAACACUGUAUUUUUCAUUGAUUUGACGCCAAAUCUGACGGACAGUAGUGGACAUCAAUUACCGGAGCUGUUUCUGAGCGAUCACUUGCACCUGUCAUUAGAGGGGUAUAGGCACUUUAGCACAGUGGUGACAUUUUUAGGCAUAGAGUUGUGCUCAGCCGAUGUGCACCCGUGGGAACCGUCGCCCACCGGUUGGACACAACGGCACAAAGAUCUGGUAAAGUAUACACGCGAUCACCAACAACAGAUCCACGGCUUCUUCAUCGGCGCCUCAAUCGUCAAUAACUAUCAGACAGACGGCAAGGAGUUGUGGGACAGCUAUUACACGGCCAAAGGUGUGGCCAAUUACGGUCUGGGAGGCGACUCCACCUCAAAUGUCUUGUGGCGGAUCCAGGAUAAGGAGGUCGACGGACUCACACCUAAAGUGAUUGUCAUUACCUCCGGUCCCGGAUUUAACUCAAUGAACCGAAACCCGUCCCCAUCGGCGCCGGAUGUCCUGCGCGGACAGCAGGAGAUUGUCAGUGAAUUGAGGGCCAAAUUCACGGCCGCCAAAGUGAUAAUCAUAGGACACACGCCGUAUACAAACCCAUCGAUAAGCGAGAGAUCAAAACAAAUCAAUGUUGAGCUCAAAAAGUUGGCCGACAAUAACACUGUAUUUUUCAUUGAUUUGACACCAAAUCUGACGGACAGUAGUGGACAUCAAAUACCAGAGCUCUUUAAGAGUGAUCACUUGCACCUGACAUUAGCCGGGUAUAGGGUUUGGCACAAAGUUAUGCAACCAUUGUUUGAG